ACUAUCCUGCCUGCUGCUUGCUGCACCAUGAAGUCUGCCAAGCUGGGAUUUCUUCUAGGGUUCUUCAUCUUCUGCUCACUGAAUACCCUACUACUGGGUGGUAUUAAUAACAUUGUUGAGAAGAUAUGUGGAGACCUCAAAGAUCCCUGCAAAUUGGAAAUGGUCGCUGGAAGCUGCUAUGAAGUUCACUUUAGAUUUUUCUACAACAGAACCUCCAAACGAUGUGAAAGUUUUGUCUUCACUGGCUGUAAUGGCAACCUUAACAACUUCAAGCUUAAAAUAGAAUGUGAACUAGCCUGUGUUUCAAAAAUCCACUCAAAGCGUUGAGAAGAUGGGAACUCAUGAAGUUGUCUGAUACACCAUCCAAAAUAAAGAUGCAAGAAAAUUCAG